GCGGCACUUGCGUCCCGCGAGUGGUGGCGUGUUGGUGGCGGUCGGGUGUAUCGGCACAGGCGCGGAAGUGUGAUUCGGUGUUCUGGCAGAAGUGAGCAUCAGAAGUGCUGCUCUGCUAGUGCCAAAACAACAGACAUCGCUGCUCUGCUGGCUGCUCUGCUGAAGCAUCAGUGGCCAAGAUGGGGGGACUGGGGGGCUACUGCCACUCAGAGUUCUGGAACAACACCCUGACAUGGGAUGCAGCCAACCCUGACUUCACUUCAUGCUUCGAGCGGACAGCCCUGGUGUGGGUGCCCUGCGGCUUCCUCUGGCUGUUCUCGCCCAUUGAAACCCUCUUCAUACUUCGCUCUAAUGACCGCUUCAUACCAUGGACCAUCCUCAACAUCUGUAAAUAUCUGUUCGCCGUGAUUCUGCUGGCGUCGCAGCUGGGCUCGCUGAUCUUCGCCGUGAAGCAGCACUCGGACGGCGCCGACAUCCUCUCGGUGGACAUCUACACGCCCGUCAUCCUGUUCGUCACCAUAGCACUGGCGCUGAUCUUCAUGCUGUUCGAGAAGCGGUGCGGCAUCCGCACGUCAGGCGUGCUGUGGCUGUUUUGGACGCUGCUGACGGUCGGCGCCGCGCCCGAGUUCCGCACGCGCAUCAUGAACGCCACGGGCGAGGAGACGAAAUCGCAAGAGACGACAAUGUUCGUCCUCUACAUGGUCUACUUCCCCGUGUUAUUCGCCGAGUGGUUCCUCAACUGCUGGGCGGACGCGCCGCCGCAGCACGUCGAGGACGAGAUCAAGGGGGACCGGCCGUCCCCGAAGGCAAGCUCGUCGUUCAUCAGCGACAUCACGUUCGCCUGGUUCGAGCCGAUGGCGUUCCGCGGCUGGCGCAAAUCGCUGCAGCGCGAGGACCUCUGGGACCUGAACCCUGCCGACCGCUGCUCGCGCAUCGUGCCCAUCUUCAACGGCUUCUGGCACAAGCUGCUCGAGAAGAGUCGGAGGGAGUUCUGGGACCAGUUCGGCCGGGCGCCGCCGCGGGUGCAGAAGGUGGAGUUCACCAAGGGUACUGAUGAUGUGGCGUUCAGCGGCCAGCGGCGGGCCUACAAGCGGGCCUCGAUCCUGCCGGCCCUGGUCAGCACGUUCGGCGGCUGGUUCGCGCUGGGCGUGAUCCUCAAGUUCGUUUAUGACACGCUGCAGUUCGUCAACCCGCAGAUCCUCAGCAAGAUCAUUGGCUUUGUCGGCGACUCGAGCCAGCCCGUCUGGCACGGCUACUUCUACGCUGUGCUGAUGGUGUGUGUCAACAUGCUGAUGUCGGCCGUGCUCAACCAGUACUUCCUGGUCAUGAUGACCACGGGUAUGCGGCUACGUACGACGCUCAUCUCUGCCGUCUACAGGAAGGCGCUCGUCAUCAGCAACCUGGCGCGCCGCGAGUCGACCGUCGGCGAGAUCGUCAACCUGAUGGCGGUGGACGCGCAGCGGUUCAUGGACCUCACCUCGUACAUCUGCCUGCUGUGGUCGGCGCCCUUCCAGAUCUGCCUCGCCAUCUACUUCCUCUACCAGGAGCUCGGCCCCUCCGUGUUUGCGGGCCUCUCAGUCAUGAUCAUCCUGAUGCCCGUGAACGGGAUGAUCGCCAACGCCACCAAGAAAUUGCAGCUGCAGCAGAUGAAGUACAAGGACCAGCGCGUCAAGCUGAUGAACGAGAUCCUGAGCGGCAUCAAGGUGCUGAAGCUGUACGCCUGGGAGCCGUCCUUCGAGCAGCAGGUGCUGGACAUUCGGAGCCAGGAGAUCCGCGUGUUGCGCAAGACGGCGUACCUGAAUGCUGGCACCUCCUUCAUCUGGACGUGCGCACCGUUUGUGGUGACUCUGGUGACGUUCGUCGUGUACGUGCUGACCGGCGAUGGCUCGCACGUCCUCUCGCCGGAUAAGGCGUUCGUGUCGCUCUCGCUGUUUAACCUGCUCCGCAUGCCCCUCAGCUUCCUCCCGAUGCUGAUUGUCUUCACCGUGCAGGCGAACGUGUCGCUGACGCGGAUGAACAAGUACCUGAACUCGGACGACCUGGACGACAAGGCCGUGUCGCACGACACAUCCGAGAGUGACCCGGUAGUGGUGGAGAAUGGCGUCUUCACAUGGGAUCCCGAGUCGCCGCCCUGCCUGCAGGAUAUCAGCCUGCGCGUCAAGGACGGCAGCCUGGUGGCCGUGGUGGGCCAGGUGGGCUCCGGCAAGUCGUCACUGCUCAGCGCCCUGCUCGGCGAGAUGGAGAAGGCAGGCGGACGGGUCAACGUCAAGGGUAGCGUGGCGUACGUGGCGCAGGAGGCCUGGAUACAGAACGCCACCCUCAAGGACAACAUUCUGUUCGGACGCACGCUGGACCAGGAGCUUUACAAGCAGUGUGUGGAGGCGUGCGCGCUCAAGAGCGACUUCGAGAUGCUGCCGGCCGGCGACCUGACCGAGAUCGGCGAGAAGGGCAUCAACCUGUCGGGCGGCCAGAAGCAGCGCGUGGCUCUGGCGCGCGCCGUCUACAGCAACAGCGACAUCUACCUGCUGGAUGACCCGCUCUCCGCCGUCGACUCGCACGUCGGCAAGCACAUCUUCGAGAGCGUCAUCGGACCCAAGGGCAUGCUCAGGAAAAAGACCCGUCUGCUGGUGACCCACGGCAUCACGUACCUGCCGCACACGGACCUGAUCCUGGUGCUGAAGAUGGGCCGCGUCACGGAGACGGGCGAGUACCAGCAGCUGCUGGACUCCAAGGGUGCCUUCUCCGAGUUCCUGCUGCAGUACAUCACGGAGGCGGGAGAGGAGGAGGACGAAGAGGUGGGCGAGCUGAAACACCAGCUGGAGCAGAAGCUGGGGCGGGCGGAGCUGGAGCGUCAGAUGUCGCGUGUCAAGCGCGAGUCCGAGUGUGAGGAGGGCAGCCUGCCGGAGCUGAACAGUGAUGAUUUAGCUGGCUCACGCCAGUCAGUCACCAGUAUAAACGUCCUAACCAGGUCCGUGUCGGUGAACAGCACCGAGCGGAACGGCAGCCUGCGGCGCAGGAAGAGCGGCGCCCACCCGGCCGGCAAGGAGGAGGACAAGCCGCCGCCGCCGGCGGCGCCGGCGCAGACCGAGGCCAAGCCCAACAACGCCGCCGGCGGCAAGCUGAUCGAGGUCGAGAAGUCCGAGACGGGCAGGGUCAAGGGUGAAGUCUACUGGUACUAUAUGAAGGCAGUCGGCGUGGUGCUGGCUUUGAUGACGUUUAUGUUGUACAUUGCAGCACAGGCGUGCAGCGUGGGCUCCAACAUCUGGCUGUCGUCCUGGACGGAGGAUGCGGCUGCCGCCAACGACACCCACAAGCGCAACGUCUACCUGGGCGUGUACGGCGCGCUGGGCUUCGGGCAGGCCGUGUUCUCCGUGCUGGCCGCCUUCUCGCUCUACACGUGCCUGCUGGGCGGCGCUCAGCUGCUGCACUCGAUCCUCAUGAGCAACGUCAUCCGCAUGCCGAUGAGCUUCUUCGACACCACGCCGCUCGGCCGCACCAUCAACCGCUUCAGCAAGGACGUAGACGUGCUGGACAACACGAUGCCGAUGGUCGUGCGCGGCUUCAUCAUGACGCUGGUGGUCGUGUUGGGCACGUUCUUCGCCAUCUGCUACGCCACGCCCAUCUUCACUGCGGUCAUCGUGCCGCUGCUGGGCGUGUACUACUUCAUGCAGCUGGUGUACGUGUCGACGUCCAGGCAGCUGAAGCGGCUGGAGUCGGUGUCGCGCUCGCCCAUCUACUCGCACUUCUCCGAGACCAUCACCGGUGCCGUGACAAUCCGCGCCUUCAGCAAGUCGGCCGACUUCCUUCUGCAGUCGGAGGAGAAGGUGGACAACAAUCAGGCCUGCUACUAUCCGUCCAUGGUCGCCAACAGGUGGCUCGCCUUCCGGCUGGACAUGGUCGGCACGGCCAUUACCUUCUUCGCCUCGCUGUUCUCCGUGCUGGCGCGCGACACUAUCAACGUCGGCCUCGUCGGCAUGUCGGUCAGCUACGCCCUGCAGGUGACGACCACGCUCAACUGGCUGGUGCGCAUGACCUCGGACGUCGAGACGAACAUUGUGGCCGUCGAGCGGAUCAAGGAAUACUCGGAGACGCCGCAGGAGGCGGCCUGGGUCACCGAGCGGCGGCCGCCGGCCGAGUGGCCGCCCGCCGGCCGCGUGCUCUUCAACGACUACCAGACGCGCUACCGGCCCGGUCUGGAGCUGGUGCUGAAGGGCAUCACGGCGGACAUCGCCGGCGGCGAGAAGAUCGGCAUCGUCGGCCGCACCGGUGCCGGCAAGUCGUCGCUGACGCUGGCGCUGUUCCGCAUCAUCGAGGCGGCGGCCGGCGACAUCACGCUCGACGGCAUCCGCAUCGCCGACAUCGGCCUGCACGACUUGCGCUCGCGCAUCACCAUCAUCCCGCAGGACCCGGUCCUGUUCUCGGGCAGCCUGCGCUCCAAUCUGGACCCGUUCGACCAGUACUCGGACGAGGCCGUUUGGACGGCCUUGGAGCACUCCCACCUCAAGACGUUCGUCAAGGGCCUGGCCGCCGGGCUGCAGCACGAGAUCAGCGAGGGCGGUGGUAACCUCAGUGUGGGCCAGCGACAGCUGAUCUGCCUGGGCCGGGCGCUGCUGCGCAAGACCAAGAUCCUGGUGCUGGACGAGGCGACGGCCGCCGUCGACCUGGAGACGGACGACCUGAUCCAGGCGACGAUCCGGGCCGAGUUCGCCGACUGCACCGUGCUCACCAUUGCCCACCGGCUCAACACCAUCAUGGACAGCACCAGGGUGAUGGUUCUGGACGCGGGCCGGAUCAAGGAGAUGGCGCCGCCUUCCGAGCUGCUCGCCAACAAGUCGUCCGUAUUCUACGGCAUGGCCAAGGACGCCGGCCUGGUGUAGGAGGUGCCGCGCGGCCGCUGGCCUCCGAGGCAGCUGGACGGACCGGACCGGACCGGGCCGGACCUGACCUUUAGUCUGUGUUUACUGUCGGGAGGCGUGGCGCUGGCCGCUGGCUACUGGCCGCUGACCGCUGACCGCUGACCGCUAGCCGCUAGCCGCUGGCCGCUGGC